AUGAAGCUCAUCGCGACCUUCGGCCUCUUGGCCGCCGCCGGCCAAUACUGGCGUGCGGCCGGACUGCCUCAGUUCCCUGACAACCCCGUCUGCGCCGCUGGCAUCACGUCCGUCGAGGUGCAGCCGGUGCAGUUCAUUGUCAGGCAGCCCAUCUACAUCAGCGCUUUCUUACCGGCCAACACGGUCUUGGUCCUUGACGAUGGCCUCACCCUCACCAUCACCAACGCGCCCAUGACCCUCAUCACCGAGAUCGACAAGCUGGAGACAUUGACCUCCCAGGUGACCAGGGUUCUUCAACAAGUAUCAUCCAUCCCCAAUGCCUACGUGACCAUCACCAGAGGUGGCCAUGCCGGGUCCCUGGCGAGCACCAUCACUGUGUUCCCCUCGGGACCGGACGGUCUUGGAACUUACUUGGUCUUCACUCCCUUCGCCAUCACAGCACCGACAACGGGCGCCGGCAUCCCCGUCCCCCCGACUGGAGGAUCGCCUGCGACCACCAUUGUUGGUACGCCCAUCGACGUGAGCCGUCUCGUGACCCAAUCCGCCACGACCACCUUUACGGUAGGCGGUCUCCGGGACAACACGCAGCCCCGUAUCUUCAGCUUGAUCCCGGUGCCCGGCGAGUCCGUUGCGACUGUCCUCGUCGAGACAGGUAUCGGGGCGAGCAGCGUCUUCAACGGUCCGGUGACUACGAGAUCCGUUCUCGAGAUCUACCCCGAGCCCGGCUGGUUGGGCACGGCAACGAUCCCACCCACCGGAAGUAACACUGUUGGAACCGUCCUCGUCGGCGUCGCGGCCAACUCCCUGCUGAGCGGCGUCGCCACGCCGGUGCUGACCGAGUUCUCCGGAGCGACCCCCGGUCCCAGUCCGGCCUCCAUCCCGGUGACCCUCGCCCCCACCGCCUCUGACAACGGGGUCUUCCCCCAGUCCUUCACGGGGCCGUAUAGCACCAUCACCAUCGGCGGUGCCGAAGACGUUCCCAGGAACCUCACCAUCGUGGACUCGGCCAACUCGGACGGCACCGUCUUCGUGCAGACCUUCGACAGCUUCUCCAUUACCGUCACCGGCCCCCAGAACACCAUCACCGUCCUCGGCAACGCCGGUGUGACACCGAAUCCCGUCACUCUCCCCGAAGCGAGAGUCCUGAUGCAGACCGCUGGCACCGACGGAGCCCUGCAGAUCAUCCAGACCCCCGGCGCCCAGCUCGAUUUGCUCGACAGGCUAACGACCAUCACCGUCGGCAACGCAGACGGCCAGACCGGCGUCUUCACCCUGGUGCCCACCGCGGGCAGCGUCGGUGCCGUGGUCGUCCAGACAGCGCGCCCGCUUCUCGCUGCUCUCUUCCAGACCAUCAGCGUCCCGGGGGCAACGGAGACGACGAUUUCGAUCCCCGCUCCCGAGGGGAGCACCGGCACCGUCGUCGUACAGACCACGGACGGUUUCACCGGUCCCGCGGCCGGCCCCUUCACGACGGUCAACGUCGGCGGCGGCCAAAACCCGAGCCCGGCGACUGUCACGCUCCCUCCGGCGGCGGACGAUCCCAACGGCCUCUUCACGGUGCUGGUACAGAGUUUGGACCCGGAUGCCUUUACUGGUCCCUUCAGAACGGUCACGGCCGGCGGCAACACGGGAACCACCCCCGUCACGCUGACGCUUCCUCCUACGGGGACUGGCCAGACCGGAACCGUGGUCGUCCAGCCCGCCAUGACCUCGUUUACGGGGCCUUUUACGACCAUCACGACAGAUGGCAACACGGGGACCCUGCCGGUAACACUCACGGUAGUGCCGGCCGGCAACCCGACCCUGGGGACCGUCAUCGUCCAGACGCCAUCCCCGACGGUCCAGCCGGCCCUCUUCAGGACACUGGCCGCGCUCGCCAUCCCCGGUCUCGGUGCCACCAUCACCCUGCCUCUGGGCGGUGGCCCUUCGACCUCGCAGCAAGCUGGUACCGUCGUCGUGGCCCAGGGCUUGGGCGGAAACGACCCGGCAACGACCCAGCCGGCAGUCCUGGCCGCCAGCCUCGUCACCAUCCGUGGCGACUACAACGGCACGAGCCCGCUGACCUUGACUCUGCCGGCGGCGGAUAACAAUCUGCUCGGGACCAUCGUCGAGCAGCUGCCCGUGGGCUUCAGCCUCGGUCUCUCCUUCGGAAGUCCCGCCGCCACUCCGGCGGUGGAGCCUCCUGUCACGAACCAGGCGACCAACGCUCCGACUGCGGGCUCGGCCCCCGAUGGCGGCGCUCUGCCGCGUCUCACGAGCGGCUACUCCGGGUCUGUGACUACCACCGUCACCUUGCCGCCCGUGGGAGCCCAGACUCUCGGCCAGAUCUUGGUCCUGACCCCACUGAGCACAAACCCAGCCGGGCCUGCUGCCACCAACGCUCCUGGACCUGCCGCCACCGACCCUGCUGGUGCUACCCCACCCGUCGUUCCGGGCCAGACUCAAGCUCCGGGUGGCACGGCCCCACAGCCGGGACAAAGUGGAUCACCGGCCGGCCUCGCCCCGGGAGCUCUCGGAGCGUCCUUCAUAACGGUGCAGUCUGGAUUCAGCGGCGCGCAACCGACCACUUUCACGGUCCCGCCGGCAGGGCCCAACGAUGCCGGUACUGUCGUCAUCCUCACCCCCACUAACAACCCAGCAGUAGCACCCGCUCCCCAGCCCACUCUCCCUGCCGGAGUGCCGUUCGUAACCGUGACAACCCCGUUCGCGGGUCCCGCCGUACUGACGCAGAUCUUGCUGCCCACAGGUACUAACAGCGUAGGAACCGUUCUCGUCCAGGUGCCCUCGGCCCUGUUCACGCCUCAGCCGACGGGAGGAGUUGCGACGGCCCCUGGGGUCAGUCCUAACCCCAACGCCAACCCCAACGCCCUCUUCCCGACCAUCGUGAUCCCAGGCAUCACACUAAGCAUCCCGGCCAUCGUCUUGCCGACCAUAGCCCUGCCGACCAUCGGCCUCGCCAUCACCGUGUCCCUGGGAGGGCCGGUGCCGACCACGGUGACCUUCCCCCCCUCCGGCACCAACUCGGUCGGCAUCGUCAUCGUCCAGACCCCGACGCCCGGCGCGGUUUCCGUUCCAGAUCUCGGUGGUGUCUUCACGACGCUCUUCCAGGGCUUCUCGGGAUCCGUCCCACGAACCACGACGCUUCCGCCCUCGGGCAGCGACACGCUCGGCAUCGUGCUCGUGGAGACGCCGACUGAUGCCGAGGACAACGUUCUCCAGACAACCACCGUCGGCUUCACCGGCUCGGCGCCCACGACCGUCACCCUGCAGCCCACCGACGGCGGCCCCGGGAUCGUGGUCGUCCAGACGCCGUUCCCGACCCCCUCGACGCCGCCCUCGACGGCGGCCAACAUCUUCACGACGACGACGCAGGGCUUCACGGGCACCGCGCCGACAACCAUCACGCUCCAGCCGAGCGGUACCGAUACGGCCGGCACCGUCGUCGUCCAGACGCCCAUCUUCUCCGGAGGAGGAUCGGUCGUGCAGCCACCGCCGCCGCCGCCGCCGACGACGUCCGCCGCGCCCAACCUGUUCGUCACGAUCACGACUGGUGGCCCCGUGGCGGCGACGUCGACGAUCCAGCCCGUCGGGAACAACGUCCUGGGCACCGUCAUCGUGCAGACUCCCACAACGGGCGACCCGGCGGUGGCGACGUCGCCUCCUCCCACUGUCCCGAGCGGGUUCAUCCUUACGACCGUUCCGGGGACGGGAUCUGAGCCGACCACGGUUACUUUCCCUCCGUCUGGCGGCAACCCGGGCAGUGUGGUCGUCCAGACGCCUACCGCCACUCAGCCAGCCCAGCCUCAGGUCCAAGUCCCCAGCGGGUUUGUCCUUACAACUGUCCCUGGGACGGGAUCCGUGCCAACUACGGUUACCUUCCCUCCGUCUGGCGGCAAUCCAGGCAGUGUUGUUGUUGAAACGCCUACUGUCACUCCGCCGACCCAGCCUCAAGUCCAAGUCCCUAGUGGCUUUGUUCUUACAACUGUUCCCGGGACGGGUUCCGUGCCUACCACUAUCACGGUUCCCCCGUCCGGCGGAAACCCAGGCAGUGUUGUUGUCGAAACGCCUACUGCUACUCAGCCAGCCCAGCCUCAAGUCCAAGUUCCCAGCGGCUUUGUACUCACAACGGUUCCCGGGACUGGAUCAGUUCCUACCACUAUCACGUUUCCCCCGUCCGGCGGAAACCCUGGCAGUGUUGUUGUCGAAACUCCUGCUGUCACUCAGCCUCAAGUCCAGGUUCCCAGCGACUUCAUUCUUACAACUGUCCCAGGAACCGGCUCUUUGCCAACAACAAUUACCUUCCCUCCUUCAGGGAGCAACCCUGGCAGCGUUGUCGUGCAGACUCCUGCAGUUACCCAGCCGCAAGUCCAAGUUCCCAGCGACUUCAUUCUUACAACCGUUCCGGGAACUGGUUCUCUGCCUGUUACGGUUACAUUCCCUCCUUCUGGCAGUAAUCCUGGCAGUGUCGUUGUUGAAACUCCUGUUGUCACUCAGCCUCAAGUCAUCGUUCCCAGCGGCUUCGUACUCACGACCGUUCCGGGAACUGGCUCGCUGCCUGUCACAGUGACCUUCCCCCCUUCCGGCAGCAACCCUGGCAGUGUCGUUAUCCAGACUCCUCCGGCCACCACUCAGCCGCAGGUCCAAGUCCCGAGCGACUUCAUCCUGACCACAGUCGUGGGAACAGGCUCAGCGCCAACUACCGUCACGUUCCCUCCCUCGGGAGGCAACCCCGGCAGCGUCGUCGUGAUCCAGACCCCUCCGGCCUCGGCCACCUCUUCACCGGCCGCACUGCCCAACACGGUCGUCGUCUUGACGAGCGGUUUUGCAGGCUCUGGCACGUCAACCCUCACCCUCACGCCGUCCUCUGCCGGUGACCCGACAACCCUGGUUGUCCUCGUACCGACCUCGAGCGCCGCCCCCCCUGCGCCGGCCUCCCUCGUCACCCUCACCACAGGAUUCUUCGGAACCGGCGUGGUCACGACGACGCUGGCGCCCGGAGCCGUCGGAGACCCGACGACGGUCCUCAUCCAGACGCCGCUGCCCACCUCCGGGCUGUCGUUCCUCACAACCACCGUGGGGUUCACGGGACUUACGCCGACCACCGUCACCAUCUUCCCCUCGGGAUCGGACACCGUCGGUGCCGUCAUCAUCCAGACUCCUCAGGGCACCGACUCCUCCUCACCCACCACCACUGCGGGCCCGACAACGACUCCCUUCUCUUUUAUCACCGUCUCCGUCGGAUACACGGGUUCCGUCACCCAGACGACAACGGUUCUCCCCACAGGGACAGAAAGCGUUGGUCUCGUCCUCAUCCAGACGCCCACGCAGACUGCUGGCGGCGUCGUGCCGUCCAUCACGGGCUACACCACCAUCACGUCUCCGUACGGUGGCUCCGUCACCCGCACAACGACGCUGCCCCAGAGCGGCACUGAGGCUCUCGGAGUUGUUCUCGUCGAGGUUCCCACCCAGACGACGGACGUCUCGCCGGCCGUCACCCCCUCGGUCGACCCGUCUGCCACCACGCCGGGAUCUUCUUCGGUUACUCCGGCCCCUGGCUUCAAUUUCGCCACGACGACUUCGUUAUGGGAUUCCACGGGCAUGAGCACAUCGACCAUCUUCCCCUCGGGAAGCCAGUCUACCGGCUCCGUCAUUGUCUUCGCCCCCAGGUUCGCACGCUUCGUCACGAUGACCACUGGCUACUCCCAGACCGGCCUGUCGACCACCACGUCGGCCUUGGUCAGCGGCACGGAGACGAUCGGCAUGGUCGUUAUCUUCACUCCCUUUGCAACGGCUUCGGCCACUUCGGAGACCACGAGUGGUGUCUCUUCUCCGGGUGCUUCGGCGACGGAGACGACGACGACGACUCCUCCAACCUCGUCGCCCGCGGCGCUCGCAACCCUCAUCAGCACUUACACGGGAUCUACCCCGACGACGACGACCGUUGCUCCCACCGACCCCAACGGCCAGAGCAUCGUCGUCAUCCUCGUGCCGAGCUCGACCACCGCCGGCGCUGGCGCCGCCAGCCCUUCCUCUUCCCCCGCGGACACUAUCACCACUACCUCGACAGCGGCGAACCCAGGCUUUGCCACGCUCAUCAGCACGUACUCGGGCUCCGUGUUGUCGACCUCGACCAUCCUCCCCUCCGACCCCAACUCGCAGGGCACUCUCAUCGUCUUCGUCCCGAGCAGUUCCGUCAGCGCCGGAACCCCGGUUGUCACGAGCGCCACGAGCACGCCGCCCGUGGCCUUUGCGACUCUCACCUCGACGUACUCGGGCUCUGUCACGUCGUUCCAGACUUUGCUGCCCUCGGGCUCCGACUCGACUGGCACUCUGAUCGUCCUCGUCCCGAGCAAUGUGCUGGCCUCUCCCACCACGACGCCGAGUGCCGGCACCUCCCCCUCCUCUCCGGGCCUCGUUACGGUCACAUCGACAUACGACGGGUCGGUCGUCUCGACGGCCAUCGCAUCCCCGGCCAACCCCGGCGACCCCGGCACCGUCGUCGUUCUGGUUCCCAGCAGCACUGCCGCUUCUACUUUUACUUCUCCUUCUGCUUCGCCCACAGUCGGCAACAACCUGUUGACGACGCAGGUGUCGACGUACUCCGGCUCGGUCCCGUUGACGAGCACCAUUGCCCCGGUCAACUCCAACGACCCGACGACGGUCAUCGUUCUCGUCCCGAGCACCACCGCCGCCCCCACCGACCCGGCUGCGACGACGACGACGACGGCCCUGGCCGCCGGUCUCUACACGAGCACGUACGGCGGCUCCGUCACUUCGACGUCCGUCAUCGAGACCGGAGCCUCCGGUCAGCCCGGGGUCACCGUCAUCUUCGUCCCGGGCAACACUGCCUCACCGACGACGACUGCGAGCAGCACCAGCACCGGCACCAACACGGUUUUGCCCGCCGGCUUGUUCACGAGCUUCUACAGCGGCUCGGCCACCUUCACCUCGACCUUGUCGAACGGAGCCACGAUCGUGUAUGUGCCCACCAACUCGGCGGCGGCGGCGUCGUCGACGUCGUCGUCGUCGUUGUCGACUCCCGCGGCCACGGCCGUUGGCGGUUUGUUUACGAGCUUCUACGGCGGCUCCGUCACCUCGACCUCCGUUGCGCCGACGGGACCACUGGGCGAGCCCGCACGUAUGACGGCUCCGUCACUCUGA